GGGGGGGAGACAUACAGGAUAGAGCACAACAAAGCAGAGAGAGGACGAAGCAGCCGAGGGAAACGGUGCGACAACAAGGUGCAAGUUCAUUAGCUGCUCUUUUACUUAUAGUACUUUACAGUUUAGAUACAAGUCAAGCGCACGACAAUCCGGUUGAGAAGACAUUAGCAUUCCACACGGAGCUAUAAACAUGUCGUCUCCCAGUCCGGGUAAAAGGAGAAUGGACACCGACGUGGUGAAACUCAUUGAGAGUAAACAUGAAGUCACCAUUCUGAGUGGACUUAAUGAAUUUGUGGUGAAGUUUUAUGGACCACAAGGAACACCAUAUGAGGGAGGAGUAUGGAAGGUGCGAGUAGAUCUUCCAGACAAAUACCCGUUCAAAUCACCAUCUAUAGGAUUCAUGAAUAAGAUCUUUCAUCCGAACAUCGAUGAAGCGUCUGGGACUGUGUGCUUAGACGUGAUCAAUCAGACAUGGAGUGCUCUCUAUGACCUCACCAAUAUAUUUGAGUCAUUUCUGCCACAGCUCCUUGCGUACCCCAACCCCAUUGACCCUCUGAAUGGAGAUGCUGCAGCCAUGUACUUACACCGGCCAGAGGAGUACAAGCAGAAAAUUAAAGAAUACAUUCAGAAAUAUGCAACAGAGGAGGCUCUGAAGGAGCAGGAGGAGGGAGCGGGCGACACUUCGUCAGAAAGCUCCAUGUCGGAUUUCUCAGAAGACGAGGCACAGGACAUGGAGUUGUAGUGAACAUGCACCUCUUCUUUAUUCCAGAGACUAUAAUUUCCUAAACAUGAGACGCAGACUAUAAAACUCAUAUUUAAGCAAGACAAUUUUUAUAUUAUUAUUAUGAUUAUUAUUAUUAUUAUUAUUAAAAUCUGAAUUUUUAUGGCUCUACCAUUGAUAAGGAUUACCCUCUUUAUGUGACAUCCCCACACCUAAACCUCACACACACAUGCGCGCACACACACACACACACACACACACACACACACACACACACACACACACACCUAAACAGUGGCUGUCUAAAUCCUUCCCUUUAGAUCUAUAAUUACAUUACUAUCACUGCACUACAGACAGAGCUUAUCAGUGAGGGAUGACAUUUCAGAUGCUUCUCCAAGAUUAGACACAGAUCAGAAGGCAGUUGUCUAGCCUACACGAGUCACUAGAAACUGUUUGUUUCACAGCACAAUCUCUGAGCACAAGUGGUCUCUGCACUCCCACAGAUUGGACACUCUAAAUGACGACACUAGUCGUCUCUCACACACUAACGGUGAGGGGGUGCGUUUAUUUAUUUAUCUGCAGAUAAUCACCAAAAAAUAGUCAUCUAAAUUACAAUCCACGGUCCGAUCUACAGAAGCGACGUCGUCUUUACUAGUUCAGUGUGAUUGGACGUAUUCGGGUGGCAUGUUGUCCACUUUCCUUAUUGUUUCUCAGGUUGCUCUUUUUUUAAUUUUAUUUCUCUCAUUAAUUGGGAUUAAAAUGACAAUUGCAAUAUUUUUUUUCCUCCAUUUGAAUUGAGUUUGUGUAAACCGAUUUGACCCCCAGCCGCUCCAGCAGUGCCGUGUGGGUCCACGUUGUGCAGUUAGAGAGCUCGGAGUGCCGUGUCCUGGAGAUAGGAAUGAAACUAGUGCAGUGACGUUACCAUGUAAAUACACAGCCCUUAUUGCCAAAAGUAAAAUAAAGCAGUCUUCUCUUCCUUAUUAUUUGCUGGUGUCCUGUUUUGGAUGGCGCGCUGCCCAAUGCGUGGACCAGCUUCUGCUUUAAAAAGAAGCUGGUCCAUUUGUAGAGAAUGAAUUAACCUAACAAGAAGCUGUACAGCUUACGUGUGUAUAUGUUCUUUAUAACAGAGUGCAGUAAGUCCUAUCUGACUACACUUACACAGUGGGGUAUAGACGCCAGGCUACAGGAUGGAUUUCUUUUUUUGUUUUGUUUUUUUGUUUUUAAAUGGAAAUCUGCAAGAUGUCAGUUAGGAUGUACAUUUAAUCCCCCUGUAGGGUAAAUGUUGUUCUCCUGAUCAGACAAGGUCCUGGUGAGAGUUCCCUCAGAGCUCCUCUCACUCACUGACCCAUAUUUGCUCUGAACUUUCGUCUACUUCAACGAGGCAAAAACUGUUGAAGAAAAAAAACAAACAUGUGGAAAGGAAGCAAAACAGUGAUAUAACACCAUUAUACAGUGUGUUUCACCUGCAGAAUAGCAUCCUGACACACACACACGAAAAAAAAAAAAACGAAAUGAAAGAACUGUGUGAAGUUCGUGCGCCUCGGUCGAGAUGAGAGUCUUUAGAACUUGUACAUGGACGUUUCUCUGGAGAACAUCUAUCAUCAUCAGCCCAUUUGUGUAAGCCAUCACUAACCUCUCUCUCUCUCUUUCUCUCGGUUUUGUUUCUUUUUAAACGUAUGGAUUUUCUCUCCUUAAUGCAGUAUUCAUUAUGUUGAAGAUGCUGAGGUGAUGCUAGUGUAUAUCUCUGUAGAUUUUCUUUAGAAGUGCUGCUUUAUUUUCCCACUUUGCGAAGAUGCAUGUUGUUUUUUUUUUUUGGUUAGUUUUUGUGGCUGUGCGCCGCCGCCUCUGCUCUGAUUUAGGCACAGAUACUUAAACCAUGGCAGGGUUUUUGUUUGCUUUGCUUUUCUUUGGUGUGGAGAAGCCAACACCCUGACGUGUGUGCUUCCACUGUUGGUCUAAUUAUGAAUUACUCAUAACUUUCAGUGAUUAUUAUUAUUGAUGUAUAUUUUUGUCUAGUUGAUGAAAUGAACACUCGUUUGUUGCAGGGCUUCAGGAAUCCACACACAUUUAUUAAAGGCAUGCACACCUUUAUUUAGUUUGACGUAAAGUGCGAUGUGGUUUUGUAAGUGCAGAACAGUCGACUAAAGCUUUAGACACAUUUUGUUUUCACUCAUGGCCUAAAUUUUAAUAUUUUCUCCUUAAACCCUGAGCACUUUCAGGUCCAUAGCGAAGCCUGGAAGUCCCCUGGUCCGUUUGCGUGCGAUUAAACCUAGCUUUUCUUCUUGGUGAAUGUCUGUGUCUGAAUGUCUGCCCAAUAUUUCAGUUAACAACAGAUUUAAACAAGAUCACUGUGUGGGGUUUUUUUUCUUUCCAAUCCUGUGUGCCUGCUUUCAGUUCAGCCCACUUUCCACUUAGUCCCUACGCCCCUGUCGGAUAUUCUUUACUGCCUGUUUUUAAUGAAUGCAAUCAAUGUAUUAAAGUAAUUCACAGCUUUUCCUUUCAUUUCUAACCGUUUUUAUUAUUAUUUUCUUAGCAUUGUCAAGUGGGCAUGCCUGUCAUAGAGUGUUCCUUAUCUAUAGAACGAUAACGUCCUAAAAGGCUGUGUACAAUAAACUGUAAUAACCUUUUGUAAUAAAAUAUUAAAUACA